AUGAGGAUUAAACUAAUGUAUUCUCGUUCAACUUUGUAUAGAUUUGGGAUAUUGUGGCGGAAGAAGAGAGAAUCUAAGAUGAGAAAACUGGAGAAUACACCUCGUGGCUUAUUGGUAUUUGGAAUUGGAGGAGAUGUUUUAGCUCUUAAUGUGGCUUCUUGUAAGCAGAAAUGGAGAAUACGAGACUGUCAUCGCGGUGGUGGUAUUGCUUUUUCCUAUGAUGGGAAGAAAUCCUGCAUAUACAGUUGUGGUGCGGAUGGGAAGGUUUUUGUAUAUGAUCUCGAAACUGGAAAGCGGACCAACAAUUUACAGUCUUCAACAAAUGCUUUCUCUUCUUUAACCAUUUCACCAGACGGCGAAAUCAUGUUUACGAAGAAGUUUGCCAAAACUUCGAGUACUUAUGCUUUUACCGAGGAUGGGAACUCCAUUAUGUCAUCUUUAAUUGGUGAAAAUGACAUUUCAAUAUGGAAAAUUGGCGAUGAGAUUGGGGAUGCUAGUUUUCUGCUUACCUUGGAGCACCAACCCGUCUUUGUGGAUACUUGGGGUGGAGAAAGUGGACAAGAGCUAUAUGUUAUGGAGAUUUCAGAAAGAGCUGCAUGUUAUUAUUGGUAUGCGUUUGGGAGCCUAGGCCCUGAAAACCCUAUAAAAGUUGCAUUAGUAAAUGAAGAGGGCUCACUCCAUACAGUAUUUGCUGCAAAAAAAGAAUAUUAUGUGCAAUUUGAUUCAGCUGAUGUGCAUAUAGUCACCGCGUUUGAAUCACCUUUGGAAUUGUUAUUCCGAAAAUUGCUAGUGCGGUUUCUCCCCAAAGUGCGGAAAUUUCUCCUGGAGAGAUAUGAGAAGCUCUAUUCUUUGUGUUCUCAUGGACCAACGAGAAGAAAAAGAUGUGUGUUGGGCAAUCGCUCUGAUUGCCUAACUAGAAGCUGCUUUGAAGUUAGAUGGUCAUGUAAAUGA